CGAUAGGUGUCAUUCGGGAAAAAUUGGAUCCUUUGCUGGAGAAAUUAAUUCUUUAAAAAAUGUAAAAUACAAAUUACAUACCCGUGCUCGAAUUGCUACGGUAGCAACAUAAAACAUAGUAUUUAUGUUAAAAUUAAUUGUGUGUAUCAGUUUCUGGAGUUCAAGAUACGUAUUGUGAUGAGUGUUUCAAGUGAUAAGAGUGUCUUGGAUUAUCUGACUGCAAGAUAUUGAUACAACAAUGGCAAAAAAAUCAGAGAAUAUUGGUGGAAAACUAAUGACAAUAUCAGUUGUUGGGCUCUCUGGCACUGAGAAGGAGAAAGGUCAACUGGGUAUUGGUAAAUCUUGCCUUUGCAACAGGUUUGUUAGAACCAGUGCAGAUGAUUACAAUGUUGACCAUAUCUCUGUGUUGAGUCAGUCGGACUUCAGCGGUCGCGUGGUCAACAAUGACCACUUCCUCUACUGGGGCAACGUGCAGAAGGAAUACGAUGAACAGGAGUACCGGUUCGAGGUUGUUGAGCAAACUGAGUUCGUCGACGAUUCCUGCUUCCAACCAUUCAAAGCGGUGGGUAAAACUGAAUCGUAUGUGAAACGGUGCGUGGCAACUAAACUUCAGUCGGCCGAGAAGCUGAUGUACGUGUGCAAGAACCAGCUCGGGAUUGAGAAGGAGUACGAGCAGAGGCUCAUCCCUGACGGAAAACUCAGCGUGGACGGAUUCCUGUGCGUGUACGAUGUCAGUCUGGUGCCGGGUAGGACUUGGGAAAAGCAGAACGAAAUCACAGCUGCAAUUCUACAAAACAUCAUCAAGUUGAAGAAACCCGUGGUUCUCGUGACGUCGAAGAACGAUGAGUCAUGUGAGCAGGGGGUGAGGGAAGCAGAGAGAUUAGUGCAGCGCAAGGAAUUCAAGGGGUCCAUACCGAUUGUGGAGACCUCCAGCCAUGACAAUGUCAAUGUUGAUCAAGCGUUCUUCCUCUUGGCACAGAUGAUUGAUAAAUCGAAGGCCAGGAUUAAGGUGGCGAACUAUGCGGAAGCUUUGCGAAUCAGGCGCGAGCAGUUGGACUUUGUCACAGAGGCUUUCACGCAGCUCAUCAGGAUACACGUGCAGGAUCACAAGGAAAUGUGGUCAUCGGCGAGUAAGAGGCUGUGCCAGUAUCCCGAAUGGACGAAAUUUGUGCAGCAUUUUGGCAAUGAUGGCACACAGGUUGUUUAUCGGCGUCACAUACGGCGACUCAAAGAUGAGAGAUCAGCGAAGAAGCUUCGCAAGCAGCUGGCGAAGUUGCCUCAAGUGCUCACCAGAAUGCAGCUGUCUACAGAUGAUUUGCACGAGAACAGUGAUUGGAGUGUAGUGGUGCGUCAGAUCCGGUCGCACCGGGAUUUCUCAGUGUACUUCAGCACUGGCUCCCGGCUCUCGUCUGGUUCGGGCUCAGGCUCCGGUCCGGAGAACAGCGACGCAACUCUACGGGUCGGCGAGCGGCCCCGUUACCAGACACUGGGACAAUCUCAGAAGAUUCCAUACGAGAUACUAGAGACGAACGAAGCCGCAUCAGUCUUCAAAGCUUACCUUCACGAAUCGCACGAAAAGCAGAGAAACUUGGAAUGGUGUCAGCAGUUCAAGCGCUUACUAGAAGAGACCGGGUACGUGACGCCGGGGAAGCAACUGUCGGAGGUGCGCGUGUUGCUGAUGGGCCGCGAGUGUUACGAGGCGCUCACGGACGACCAGCAACAGAGUGUCUACGAUGAUCACCAGCGCGACAUACAACGACGGGCGAAGCACAACUUCCAGGAAUUGCUUCUUGAACAUGCGGACCUCUUCUAUCACUUCAAACGUAUAUCUCCGACCGGGACCAUCACACAGGAGGACAUCAAAGAAAUCACAGAUGUCUUACAAGAUGAUUUUAGGUAUAAAAUGCUGGAUCGUAUGGAACAGGAUCGCAAGCUAAUGUUGUUCCAGCACUUGGGGUUCGUGCAUUGUCCCAUGCGCGAGCACUGUCCCGCCGCGGGCAACUGUCUAGACGCGACGUUACCUGUGCUCCUCAACACGAGAGUCGGGUCCCUGCGGUCGCACGGUGACACAGAGUGCGAGGCCGGGCCGCCGGCAGCGCCCUGGGCCCUCACAGCGGACUCCAACCAGAUUAACGUUAUUAUAUUAGGCGUGAGUCACUACUCAAUAUUUAGUUGGUGCUGUUCCACAAUCAUCAUUAUAUCCUCGCCUCCAAUGCGCCGCGUAAGAGAUAGUACCAACAGCAACUUUGGUGUGAUGGCGAGUAGGCUAGAUUGCCCCAUAAUGAACCUCCACGCUUGAAAAAAGCCUAACAUUAGACUAACAUUUAGUUUUUAA